GAGCCCUGGUGAACAUUGCCACGACACCUGGUGGGAAAGGUCGUGCCCUCCCCGGCCAGGUCACUUCCAGAGUGUGCUGGCUGCCGGCCCAGCUCGGCUUGGGAUCAGCGUUGGAGAAUUUGGGGAGGUGAUCUGGAGGCCCAGGAGGUGCCAGACAGGUCUGGGUGUGGGCUCCCAGGAAGUUUCCACACAGGCGAGGCAGCAGCCUGUCCGGAGGAGGCGUGGGGCUUCGGGUGCGGCGCCGCCUCUCACUGCCACCGUGGCCUUGGGCAGCUUAGCACCUUGGAGCGCUGGUGUCCUGCCUGGAAACCAGAGAAGCUGGUGUUUCCUACCCCACGGCGUGUUGUUAGCCCCGGACAGAGAGCCUUAAGGACCAGAAGGGCUGGCACGGAGGGAAAUGCGCAAUAAAAAUGACCGUGAUUCAUGGGUGCUGAGACUCCCUCUCGAAGUUGCCUUCUGUGGUCUGGUGAGGGCUGGAAGGUUCAGGUAAACAUUUCAGGGUUACUCUGAUUGUGGCUGAGGGCUGGGUCCAGACCUGAGCCCGAGGAGCUCUUUGCUGCCAAGACCCCUCUAUCUGUGACAGCCAUUGCAGCCCCUCUCAGGGCAAGCCGACCGCACCGACUCGGCCUGUAAAGCUGUGGUGAGCUUUGCUCUGGCCUUGUGGCCUGUCCUCCAGCUCCCGGGCAGCUGGUGGGGUCUGGGGCCCCCAGGGUCACCCCUGCUUCUCCCGCAGCAAGGACAGGUAGGAGGGGACAGAAAACCCUGCCGCCCACCUCCACGGCAGGGGUCUCUGCACGCAGACUCCCUCCCUCCCUGCACCCACCCAGAGCUGGAAGAGCCCCCUUCCCCGAAUGCCACCCCGAGGCCUCCUCAUCCCGGCCACCCGGCUCCGAGGGUGGAGGCAGCCGCGCACACCGCUUGGGAGGGCUGUUUCGUGGAACGAACCACACACCCCUGCCAGGUUGUGACGGGCCUGGGGCACUCCUCUCAGAUUGGCCAAGCGCUUCAGUCAGGACUGGGCAUUCCUGUCCUACUGGCACCAGAGGUUGUGAAAGACCCUGUGACGGGACGAGGCUCUUCCACUUGCUGCUGCCCUGGGCCCACUCCCUGCUUUCUAGAUGUCAGUGGCCCUUCUAGGUCCAGGCAUGAGAGCAGGGCUGGGUGGGGUAGGUGCUGAUGGUGGCGGCUGGAGGGAAUGGGUCUUCGUGGGUGGUAAGCCCCCGUCCCAGGGGUGUCUGAGUCUCCAUAUAGGUUUAAGGUUCCUCGUUUCCUCAGCAGGUAGCUUGUCCUGGAGUGGGUGUGAGGCUUGGGUGGAGUGGAGGCCGUUGGGAGGGACCAAGGAGGAGCUUGCGGCCAGCUGGUGGUGCAUCACUGGCUCUGGGUUAAGUAGCCAACAGUCCUCGGUCCUGCAUCCACUGCCUGCCAUCUGUGGCUCCUGAGGACGGACAGCCUCAUGGCCCUGGCAAAGGUUCCUGGGACCUGCCUGCUCACCAUUCGUGUCCUGCAGGCCCAUGGCCUGCCCUCGAAGGACCUAGUGACCCCUUCUGACUGCUAUGUGAGGCUGUGGCUGCCCACAGCCUCUAGCCACAGGCUCCAGACACGCACGGUCAAGAACAGCAGAAACCCCGUCUGGAAUCAGAGCUUUCGCUUCCGAAUCCACAGCCAGCUCAAGAAUGUCUUGCAGCUGCAAGUCUUUGACCAGGAUCUUCUGACCAGCGAUGACGCCAUGUUGUCAGUGCUAUUUGACUUGGGGACUUUGCAGGCUGGGGACUUCCGCCGAGAGAGCUUCUCACUGAACCCUCAGGGUGAGGAGCGGCUAGAAGUUGAAUUUCGGCUGCAGAGAUUGACAGACUGUGCUGAGCAGCUUGUCAGCAAUGGCAUCCUGGUGGCCCGGGAGCUCUCCUGCUUGCAUGUUCGACUGGAGGAGGCAGGGGACCAGAAGCAGUCAGAGGGCAGAGUUCAGCUUGUGGUUCCUGGGUCCUGUGAGGGUCAACAUGAGGCCUCCGUGGGUGCUGACCCCUUCUGCUUUCAUUGCCCGGCCUGCUGGGAGCAGGAACUGGGUAUUCUUCUGCAGGAUGCCCCUCAAGAGCAACUGAAGGUGCCCCUAAGGGCCUUGCCCUCUGGCCAAGUGGUGAGGCUUGUCUUCCCUACGUCCCAGGAACCCCUGAUGAGGGUGGAGCUGAGAAAAGAAGAAGGACCGAGGGAGCUCGCGGUGCGGCUGGGCUGUGGCCCCUGUGCCGAGGAGCAGGCCUUCCUGAGCAGGAGGAAACAGGUGGUGGCCAGAGCCCUGAAGCAGGCCCUGCAGCUGGAUGAUGACCUGCAGGAGGACGAGAUCCCCGUGGUAGCUGUUAUGGCCACCGGUGGUGGGAUCCGGGCGAUGGUUUCCCUCUAUGGGCAGCUGGCUGGACUGAGGGAGCUGGGUCUCUUGGAUUGCAUCUCCUACAUCACAGGGGCCUCGGGCUCCACCUGGGCUUUGGCCAACCUCUACGAGGACCCAGAAUGGUCUCAGAAGGACCUGGCAGGGCCCACCGCGACACUGAAGACACAGGUGACCAAGAGCAAGUUGGGCGUGCUGGCCCCCAGCCAGCUCCAGCGGUUCUGGCAGGAGCUGGCUGAGCGUGCCCGCCAGGGCCACCCGACCUGCUUCACCGACCUGUGGGCCCUCAUCAGCGAGGCACUGCUGCACGAUGAGCCCCAUGACCACACACUCUCAGCCCAGCGGGAGGCCCUGAGUCACGGCCAGAACCCUCUGCCCAUCUACUGUGCCCUUAACACCAAGGAAAAGAACCUGACCACCUUUGAAUUUGGAGAGUGGUGCGAGUUCUCCCCCUAUGAGGUUGGCUUUCCCAAGUAUGGUGCCUUCAUCCCCUCUGAGCUCUUUGGCUCCGAGUUCUUCAUGGGGCGCCUGACCAAGCGGCUUCCUGAGUCCCGAAUCUGCUUCCUUGAAGGUAUCUGGAGCAACCUGUAUGCAGCCAACCUCCAGGACAGCUUAUACUGGGCUUCAGAGCCCAGCCAGUUCUGGGACCGCUGGGCACAGGAUCGGGCCAACCUGGACAAGGAGCAGGUCCCUCUUCUGAAGAUAGAAGAGACUCCCACAGGGGCCGGCAGGAUUGCUGAGUUUUUCACUGACCUUCUGACACGGCGCCCACUGGCCCAGGCCACCCACAAUUUCCUGCGAGGCCUCCAUUUCCACAAGGACUAUUUCCAUCAUCCUUACUUUUCCGCCUGGAAAGCCACCAAACUGGAUGGGCUCCCCAACCAGCUGACACCUGCAGAGCCCCACCUUUGUCUGCUGGAUGUUGGCUACCUUAUCAACACCAGCUUCCCGCCCCUCCUGCGGCCCACACGGGAUGUGGACCUCAUCCUGUCGCUGGAUUACAACCUCGGAGGAGCCUUUCAGGUGGGCUGGGGCGGGGGCAGGCUAGAGAGGCCGUGGUGACCCCAGGCCUGGACUGACAUCCUGGCUCUUGCCUCCAGGGACAUCUACCUUAGAGUCCAGGAUCUGGUCCAGCUUCCCUGAGAGGCUGAGACAGGGACACCAUGGGAAUGGCAUCCUAUGAAUUGUAGCUCCUGUGAAUUUACCACCAGGGGAAGUUACAGUGACAGG